CCUCCCAGCCUUUUAGACGUCCGCGCGCCUGGGACCUUCCAGUGCCACCAGGUCCUCCUCACCCCGUAUCCGUAUUCCAGUCCUCGCAUUCAGCCCAGUCCACCGGGUCCUCACCUCCCACCGGCCGGCCCGCCCCCCACCUCAGCCAUGGACGCCAUCAAGAAGAAGAUGCAGAUGCUGAAGCUGGACAAGGAGAAUGCCAUCGACCGCGCCGAGCAGGCCGAAGUUGACAAAAAGCAAGCUGAGGACCGCUGCAAGCAGCUGGAGGAAGAGCAGCAGGGCCUCCAGAAGAAGCUGAAGGGGACUGAGGAUGAAGUGGAAAAGUAUUCUGAAGCAGUGAAGGAUGCCCAGGAGAAACUGGAGCAGGCCGAAAAGAAGGCCACCGACGCUGAGGCAGAUGUGGCCUCCCUGAACCGCCGCAUUCAGCUGGUAGAGGAAGAGCUGGACCGGGCACAGGAACGACUCGCUACUGCCCUCCAAAAGCUGGAGGAGGCUGAGAAGGCAGCUGACGAGAGCGAGAGAGGAAUGAAGGUCAUUGAGAACAGGGCCAUGAAGGAUGAGGAAAAGAUGGAGCUGCAGGAGAUGCAGCUGAAGGAGGCCAAGCACAUUGCUGAGGACUCAGACCGAAAAUAUGAGGAGGUGGCCAGGAAGCUAGUGAUCCUAGAGGGAGAGCUGGAACGCUCAGAAGAGAGAGCUGAGGUAGCUGAGAGCCGAGCCAGGCAGCUGGAGGAGGAACUUCGAACCAUGGACCAGGCCCUCAAGUCCCUGAUGGCCUCAGAGGAGGAGUAUUCCACCAAAGAGGACAAAUACGAAGAGGAGAUCAAACUGCUAGAGGAGAAGCUGAAGGAGGCUGAGACCCGAGCAGAGUUUGCUGAAAGAUCUGUGGCAAAGUUGGAGAAAACCAUCGAUGACCUAGAAGAUGAAGUCUAUGCACAGAAGAUGAAGUACAAGGCCAUCAGUGAAGAGCUGGACAACGCACUCAAUGACAUCACCUCCCUCUGAGCCCACACCAGUGUGGCCACCUCUCAUCUCUUCUCUUUCCAAUCUCUCUAUGGGAAAGGGGCAGGCAGGAGGAGCGAGAAUUGGCAGCAUUGCCCAGCCAGGCUGGGCGCAGCCUAGGGAGAGCCUCCAUCACUCUCACCACCCACUCUGGCACUGGCUUCAUCCUUCUCUCUCCCCACCACCCCUUCCACCUGCUGCCCUCCACCCCUCUCUACUGCUUAAUAAACUCUGAAUUUGGACUCCA